AGGAUGAAACUGAAAAAAAGUUCGACAGUGAAGACGGUUUUAAGAGCUUGGAACUCGAGCGUCUUCUCCGGCGACGGAGUCUACGCCGGAGCUCCAUAUCCAUCUCCGAGAGCACCAUACAGACCGCUCCUUCGCGACCUUCCACGUCUCCAGAACGCUCUUCGCGACAGCCUACUUUGGGUGUCUCAAAUGGCUGACUUUAGAAAAGCAAGAAGGUUCUUCAGGAAGAUAGGGAUGGGGAAGGAUGAUUUGUACUUUUGGAAGCAAAUGGGGAAGGCUGCACUUUGCACUUAUACACUCUUAGGGCUUUGCUGGUUAUGGAAUGAAACCUCUCCACUUGGUUGGUGGACUCUUAAGCCGCGGCCCAAGGAAGAAAAGGAAAUGGCCCAUUUGUAUGAGCGAAUUAAAUUCCCAUAUCCAGGCGACAAAGAAGCCAUGGAGGAAUUUAUCAAAAGUGGUGGCUCAAUUGGCACUACUGUAGGACCCAAGGGAAACAUCGAGUCCGGAAAAGAUCCUGAUAAUUUUCAGAAACAAUUGCAGUCACAGAAAUUUGAGCAGGAAGCUCAGAAGCUAUGGUUCCGAAUGAGGAACGAGGUCAUCUCAGAGCUGCAAGAGAAGGGAUUUGAUGUUGAAUGAAUAUGCUCAAAGAGAAGACCAUGAAAGAGUUUUGAUUUAUCAAGCAAUGCAUUGAAUUGUUCAUGGUUUCUUUACUGUUUUACAUUCCAAGUUUUAUACAUUA